GCAAAGAAGGAUAAAUGAACACGGGGGGUUCUCCCAGCAUCGGUAUGCCUGCCUACCUCAUUUCCAGUCCAGACAGAGUUGCUGCUCCUCUAGAUAGAAAUAACAGCUGAGGUGUGUUUGUAUGUGUGUGCGCGUGUUUUAAAUAUCAGUCACCCCCGCGCACCGCCUUCAUCCCUUCAGCUCAUGGCAGUCUGCUGUGAUCUUACUGCGAAGGACCAGACAGAAACUGAGACAAGAGCAAGCGGACACGGAGGAGUGGUGAAAAGAGGGUGAAGGAGAGGCAAGGAACAAGAGGAAAAAGAAGAGGAAGAAGGAGGACAGAAGGAAAAGGAGAAAUUACCCUUAAUGCCACCUUUCCUCAAUUUAUGCACGCAGCACAUUACACAAUAAUGUCUUUUCACUGGAAGCUGUGUCUGUGACUCUGUGGACUACAGACAGAUAAGAGAGCUUCAGUCAGUGCUUUCUGCAGCUGCAGCAGAUGUUGAAGACAUCUUUGACUUUAUAGGGAGCGGAGGCAUUUCAAGCAUAGAUCGGACUGGAAUUCCUUUAAACAAAGUCACAUUUCUGUCUGUUUUUUUUCCCCUUUUUGUGCCUUCAGCUGGGUUUGCUUUAUCUGGAAAAAAAAGAAGACAAGGAAUACACACGUCUCUUUUUGUGUGUUAAUCUGUUUCUACCCCGGUGGUUUUGUAUUCUGAAAAAAACAUAACUGCCCGCACCGAGGACAAACCCAGGGGGCUUCCUCACCUUUCUCUGUCCUUUCCAUCCCUCCUGCAUUAAAAAUGGCAGAUGGCAGCAGUCUCAUCAUGGAACCGCAGCAUGGAGCUUUUCGUUUGGACUGAAACCAUACGGCUACAUUCAGAACCAGCCAGCUACCUGUCAAAAUAGCAGGUUCUUUGGUUCAUCGUACCCUUGAAGGGCCCCUCGGACACGUAUUCCUGCCCAAGAUGAUGAAUUCCUCCCUGGAUCCACUGAACCAGAGCCUAGCUGACCCGUCAAACUUAUCUGCUCCCUUCUGCCUGCUUGAGAUAGGCUAUUCCCAGAUUUUCAGCACCUGCCUCCUUGAAGUCUCUAUUAUACUUCUCCUCACUGUUCUCAUUAUUUCUGGUAACUUGGUGGUGAUUUUUGUGUUUCACUGUGCCCCCCUGCUCAGCCAGCACACCACCAGCACUUUCAUCCAGACUAUGGCGUACGCUGAUCUGCUGGUGGGCGUGAGCUGCCUGUUCCCCUCCCUGUCCCUCCUCCAUCACCUCCAGGGCCUCGAUCCCAAACUCACCUGCCAGGUGUUCGGGUACAUGGUGUCUGUUUUGAAAUCAGUUUCAAUGGUGUCGUUAGCAUGUGUGAGUGUAGACCGCUACAUCGCCAUCACACGACCUCUGACUUAUGCGUCCCUAGUGACACCCUGUCGAGUGCGCUGCUGCAUUGUUCUGAUAUGGUUGUACUCUGCUUUGGUGUUUCUCCCAUCUUUUCUUGGGUGGGGGAAACCUGGUUACCACGGGGAUGUGGUGGAGUGGUGCGCAGUUGAGUGGAGGACUCGUCCGGCUUUCACAACUUUUAUUGUUGCACUGCUCUACGCCCCUGCUGCUCUCACUGUCUGCUUCACUUACGCCAACAUCUUCAAGAUCUGUCGACAACACACCCGGGAGAUCAGCGAGCGCCACGCGCGCUACCGACCCCAACAGCUGCAGGGUACAGGAUUGACAGCGGGAUCUGCGGUCAAGGACAGCAGUGCAGUAGAGCAAGGACAGUUGCCCCACUUGUCCCAACCACAGUAUCAGCAGCCCACAUCAACAUACCCGGACAAGCGAUACGCUAUGGUACUGUUCCGCAUUACGAGUGUGUUUUAUAUCCUGUGGUUGCCCUACAUCCUCUAUUUUCUGUUGGAGAGCGGGGGGAUCUACCACCACCCUGCAGCCUCAUUCCUAACCACAUGGCUGGCCAUCAGCAACAGCUUCUGUAACUGUCUCAUCUACAGCCUCUCCAAUUCUGCCUUCAGGAAGGGCCUCAAACGCCUUUGCUCCUUCUGCUUACAGCGCAGCGGCAGUGGCUUUGGGGUUAGGAACACCAAAAAGGCUUUCGUUGGCUCCGUUGAAAAAGGAUGUGCAGGGCCAGGGUAUGGAUACGGUCACGGAGAAAUAACAAUUGGCACAACAUGUCAUGUGUAGAGCAGGCACAGCGGAAACUCUUGUGCCAAAUUGGCAUUUGAACUUUUUUAAAAUAUGCCUGGUGUGCUUGCUGUAAAAUGUCUCCUCUUUAAAGCUUAAAUGUGCUGUAAAGAGAUGGAAGGAGGCAUCAAUCUGCCACUGCUGUUUCUGUCGCAUUUGGAGGUUACACAGGCGUCCUCUCUGCACACGCCACAGCGGGCAAAGACAGAGAAAGGGAGUCAAGAGCAGAGCACUGAAGGAGGCCUAAAUAGCCCUGCAAGGUGUUUUUAAAUGCUCAAGGAAACCCAGCGUACUGUACUGUAUGGACAGGGGUGAUAGAUGGAAGAGGGGAAGAAGGUGUCUGAAAAUCUCUGGAGAAGUGAACAUUUUCAUCAGUUUCCUUAAAUAGGAAGUGAAUCUUUAACUUAUUUUGCCAAAACAUUACAAGAAAAGUGUUCUGAAAAGCUGUAUGUGAAACAGUGCGACCUUUGUUGCCAGAUCAUCAGCACAGUAUGAGCUGAAUGCAAAGAAGAAGAAAUGAAUGCAAAACACAACAACAGUUGACUGCUGUGUUUUAGUAAUGUGGUGCCGAGGUGAACUGCCAACAGCAAGCUCUUUAAAUGUUUUCACUUGCUCUUACCCGCCCUCAGUACCUGAAUACUAAAAGUGAUGCAACUGUGUGUUUGUGUAUUUGUUGUGUCUCUUGUUGACUGAUUGAGAAGUGGAAAGAAGUGGGCACCUUUGUUGUUUGAUUAUGUAACUACACUUUUUCAUAACUGUGUCAAAGACAAAGCAAGACCAAGAAAGGAUGUAUUUUUACACUUACUUUUCACUGAUUGUUGGUACAUCAUUGGGCUGAUUUAAAGGCUUUUAAUCAAAGGUUAAAACGAAAUGUCCUUAGAUGAAUGACCCUUGAACUGUGAUCCUUACCGCUUGUCUUUGGGAUUUGCUGAGAAGAAUAGUCUAAUGAGAAGUCUUGGAUAUGUGAUUGUGGAAAUUUCAAAUUUACAUCAUUAUUUUGCCCAUAUCUGGGGACUAGUGCAUGCACACACAAACACACACACACUCUAACACAAGAGGAUCACAUACAGAACAGACAAAUAGCUCAUUCAGUCUGCCUGCAGGCUGACCUCUCACCUCUGUGCAGCACCUUGAAGACUUCCUGUUAUCCUCAGUUGUGUGUGUGUAUGUGCGCCAAUAUGUGCAUGCACAUGUUGCAUUCCGUCCUUUUGUCCCCAUGUGUAGUUUUGAGGGUUCAUUUCAUUCAAUUUUGAUUUUAAAUACAAAUCUAUCAAGACUAAUUUAAAGCCCAAAUGAAUCCAAGUGUGCAUAAUGUCUCAUAAAUUCAAAAAUUGUGAAAAACAAUCUCUUUUUUCAACAAUAGAGACUCAUGUCAUGGUUUGUUUAGGUGCAGAUAAUCUAGCUUUAUAUAUUUAAUCUACCAAAGAAAGUUCAACAGAUCUUCUUGGAUUAUGAUAUUGUUUUUCUAAAUAUCUAAAAUAGGAAGAUUUAGUAAAAUGUAAGUGGGUUGUACACAAAGUUUGUGUAGGUCCACUGCACUGUGUUGGCUCAGUGAUGCCUUGUGGGCAUGAAUACGACUCUUUCUCAGUAUAUAGUGACAUAUUGUUGCCUUGAUGUGAAAAUAAACUGUUGAGAAAGUGUUUUCCAUACAGUUAGGGAGGGCUUAAUUUAUAGACAUGUGACUGUUUUUAGAAGGAAGGCACAGACUGGAAAUUGACAUGAAAAUGUACAUUAGCUAGCCUUGAUUUCACACACUUUUCACACAAACCUAAACCCCUAUUGUUGUUGAGUAAUUAAAGAAUCUCACUGUUAAUUCACAAGUCAACUCGUGUAAAACUGAAAAUAACCAGGAGCAAACACAAGGCUCAGAACUGUUCAUUUAAUAUUGUGUAUUUUAAUUUAUUUGUUCACGUGUGUAUAGGUGUGUAUGAGUGUGUGUAUGCAGGAAUGUUAGGAGGCGACCAUUGGCUGAAUUGGACUGUUAACGGUGUUCUAGCAGGGGUGCUAAACCGAGUUUCAUUGCUUUACUAGCUGCAUAUCACUCCCCUCGAGUAUACUGUAUCUUGUGAGUGUAUGUGAGUAUGAUGUACAGUGGUGGUAGAUAGAUUCACAUGUUGUCUUUAAAUAUUUUGGCUGUCAUCUGUGAAGCAUUGCCAAAUAUUGUAAUCUUUCCUAUUUGUACAGUCUUUUGUUCGGAAAUGGCAUGUACAGAAAUGGUGUGUACAGAAAUGGCGUAUUGAAUGUCUGAUCUGAUUGUCAAACCACAGAAGUUUAUUUUUGUAAAAUUACUUAGCUUCUGUCUAUUCUCUUGUGAAGUGUUGCGGGCGCUAAGUAGAUUUAGCAUGCUUACCUAUUGAAAUGAUUAAAGCGUUGUCUUCAUGAAGAUACAUUUUAUUUUACUUGGUCAAUUUCUAUCUUCUGUGAUUGGGAAAAAAAAGAUUUCACUGAAUUUGAAGACAGAAGUUCAGCACUAAAAAUGUGUAAAUUUUGCAGCAGUUAAUGGUACAGUUCCUCAGAAAUGUGUAAGAUUCAGGACAAAGUGUCUUGGGAAAUUAUUGUGCCAAAACAUACUCACAUUAGCACACACACACACACACACACACACACACACACACACACACACUUUUUCUUUUUCUUGUGGGAAAACGAACGACUCUCAUCUUCUCAAGGAGCAACACUAUAGUGGUGGCUGUCUCGAGGGGCGGUGCCAUGUUAGGUAGGAUUUGAGAUAACAAGAAGCAAUAUAAACACUGUGGCUGGUUCAGGAAGCCAUUUGUGGUUUAAUUGCAGGCCUCAAAAUAAUUGUUGAUGGGGCAGAGUAGCAAAAUUGGAAGACCAUCUUCUUGUUUUUUUAGGUAUGAAAAGAAUACAUAAAAUUGGUGCAAAUAAGGACAAUUACAACACUUCCUACCUUCCAUAGCUGUUUCCAGAGUUCUUAUAUCUUUGUGUGUCUUUUUAAUUUAUUUUAAGCCCUUUACAAGUAAUCCAGAGCCAUUAGAGAGUGACUGCGGCUUCUUCACCUUCCUCUUCUGGCAUCUUGUGUGGUUAGCAGACAGCUUUAGGUGCAUUGCCAUUUUGAAGAGUUGGGCUACCCAGAUGUGUAUCUGUCUUGGGAACAAGCAUAGUCCUCAUGUAGCAUAUUGUAUUUGUGGAUCAAUGUAAAUAAAAUUGUAGAAACUGUGUCUUUGAUUUAAUCCAGACAUAAAACACAUGACAUUGAAAGGUGCAAUUGAAGCCUUUUUCAAAACACCCUAUGAAAUCAAUCUUGAGGCACAAAAGUUUAUCUGUACCAUAUUGUCCUGUCAGUUCAGAGAACUUUAUACUUUCAGUUAAUUUGGUAAUUAACAACAAAAGUAUUUUACACCAACUGAACGCUGGUUGGCUUUUGUGUCUUAGAGUAGACAGUACCCGAACAGGCAACAGCCUCACCCUUUAAGUGCACUUUAACACACACAUUCCCACACAACGGUAUUCUCUUAUCCGUCUCUUAAUCUGUAUUGGAUUUUCUUCUCUGUGUUUUCAUAAGGCUCUAAAUAGGCCACACUAGACCCCCAUUAAUGGCUGACUCAUGACCCAGCUGUUCUGCUCAAGAGAUUAUUAUCAGAUCAAGACGAGGGUGACCACUGUAACAAAACCUCGGUCUGGAAAUGUCCCAAAAGAUGCAGGAAUUUCACUCUGCAUGUGCUUUUGUCCACAAUGAAAGUUGGAAGUUGCUCACAGUCAACAAAGGGCCAUUUGUAAAUUUCAGAUUGAGAUAAUCCAGCCAUUACUGUAUUAGAUCCUGGCAAACCAUGUGACGUUUCGUACGUCAGGGCAGUUUAAUUUGUGAUAAGGUUUUUGGAAGGCAUAUGCUUUUAUAGUUGGAGAAUAUUUGGAUAAUGCAAAUGAUCAAACAUGUUUAAUUUUGCUGUUGUGAAAGUGAGUCUCUGUGACAAAUAAGAUAUUUUUCAU